AUGGACUCCCCGGAACCAAAACAGGUCCAAGCUGAGACCAGCUCCUCCGCUUGGUCUCGUCUCCUCAAGCGAUGUGAGCUCGAGUCUGCUAACGAAGGCAGAAACUCCAACGCCGACCUCGACCCCAUCCCCGUCUCCAAACGCACAUGGCGCACCCACAACUUCGUCAUGUACUGGAUCUCAGACAACUUCUCGCCCUCCGGCUUCCGUAACGCGGCCUCGCUCAUGGAAGUCGGCAUGUCUUGGCGCGACUCCCUUCUCUGCAUCACCUUCGCCCAGCUCAUCUGCGCCGGCGUCAUCUGCCUCAACGGUGUCUUUGGCUCGACCUACCACGUCAACUUUUCGAUCCAGUCCCGCGCUUCGUUCGGAUACUACCUCUCCUACCUCAUGAUCAUCAUGCGCAUGAUCGUCGGCAUCUUCUGGUACGGCAUUCAGUCCUACACCGGAGCCGAGUGCGUCCGCUCGAUCCUCUACGCGCUCUGGCCCUCCUUCCGCAACGUCUCAAACACCAUGGCCGCGAACGCAAACAUCGACACCCAGAUGAUGACCGCCUACGUCAUCUACUUUGUCAUCAUCCUCCCCGUCCACUUUGUCUCCAUGAAAAACCUCCGCUACCUCUUCACCAUCAAGGCCAUCACCACCCCCAUCAUCGGCUUCGCCAUCAUGGGCUGGACCGUCGCAAAGUGCAACUCCUCCGAGCUCUGGGCCCAGACAUCCACCCUCAAGGGCUCCGCUCUCGGCUGGGCUUUCAUGUCGGGCAUGUACGCAAACAUCGGCACCUGGUCCACCCUUGCCGUCAACGUGCCUGAUUUCACCCGCUACGCAAAGUCAAACGGAUCCGCCUACAUCACCCUCUUUGUCCUCCCCGCCACCGGCUGCCUCGUCUCCUUCUUCGGCGUCGUCGUCGCCCAGGGCUCCCGGAUCCUCUACAACGAGAUUCUCUGGGACCCCUUGCUUUUCAUCGACCGCUGGACCUCGAAAGGUGGUCGCGCGGCCGCGUUCUUCUGCGCGUUCUUCUUCCUCAUCUCCCAGAUCGGUGUGAACAUCGCCGCGAACUCCGUCUCGGCCGCAAACGAUCUCAACUGCUUGUUUCCCAAGUACAUCAACAUCCGCCGCGGCCAGAUCAUCGUCGCUUUCAUCGGUUCCUGGGCUCUCACCCCCUGGAACAUUCUCACCGGCGCGCCUGCCUUCCUGAGUUUCAUGUCCGGCUACUCCGUCUGGCUCGGCCCGCUCGUCGGCGUCCUGCUCUCGGACUUUUACUUUGUCCACAAGAAGAAGUACAACGUCUGGGAGAUGUACGACAAGCACGGCAUCUACCGGUACAACAAGUACGGCUUCAACUGGCGCGCGUUCAUCGCCUUCUUCAUCGGCUGGGUGCCCUUACUCCCGGGCUUCAUCCCGACCGUCAACGACUCCGUCACUGUCUCGGCCGGCGUCACGCAUCUCUACAACCUCGGCUACUUCUACGGCGUCGGCGCCGCGUGUCUGUCGUACUAUGUCAUCUGCAGGUUCUGGCCUGCGCAGGAGACGUAUGUCGAGACCGCUGUCUACCCGGACUCGGAUAUCGUUAUUGACGCUGUGGAUGAGGAUGGAUCGGAGGAGUAUGGAAGAGAGCAGAUUAUCGCCGAUCCGAACGAGAAGAAGUCUUUUUAG